GCAGCGUGUCGUCGUUUCUCCGCCUCCAGCUCUGAAUUUAAAGCGCUGCGAGCAAGAUUGCUGUGGCACGUGACAUUUCGGGCCUUGGAGAGAGAGAGAAGCAUCAGUGCAAAGGCCUCGAUCAGCAAGCAGCUGAAGCUCGAAUCUGUCACAAUCUGCGCCGGACUCGAUCACAUUACUGCUCGCCGCGGAAAAGUCUGAUUCUUUGAAGUUGCUCGCAUUGCGCCACAAGUCUGUUUUGAAAUUCUGACGGUCGUUUGACGUCCGGAGAAAGCAUUUUUACUCCAGUCUCGCAUCUUUAUGCGAUUCCAAUUGAGAGCGUGGUGAGCUGCGAUUGCGAGGCGAUUGCGAUUGCGGUUUCAGCAGGUUUCUUGAGAGAAAGGUGAAUUGGACUUGGAGUAAGUGCUGGUGUGUGGGGAGGCGUAAUUAUGACGAAGCAGAUGGUCGAGGAGCCUGCUGUGACAAAUGAAGAGAACGGCAAGAUGGAGCAUGGCGUUUUGUUAGCAAAGAGCGAGUCGUCCGUUGAGGAUGCAUGUGCGAAUGGCCCAAACGGAGUGCUCGAGAAGUCGUCGGACACAUCUCGUAUCGUAGACCUGCGGUCGGACACCGUGACUAAACCCACCGCACUCAUGCGUAUUGCAAUGGCUGAAGCUCUGGUGGACGAUGAUAUUCUUGCCGCAGACCCCACGGCAGCCAAACUCCAGGAACGCAUGGCAAAUGUCUUUGGUAAGGAAGCGGGGCUCUUUGUACCGUCCGGCACGAUGGGGAAUCUCAUCGCCGUCCUUGUACAUUGCGAGGUUCGAGGGUGUGAAGUUAUUAUUGGUUCGGAGAGCCAUAUUCAUGUGUAUGAGCAAGGUGGAAUAUCGACUCUUGGCGGUGUGUACCCACAUGUUGUUCCUAAUGAAGUUGACGGAACAAUGGACCUACGUAAAGUUGAGGCUGCCAUACGUCCAAAUGAUGAGCAUUUCCCCAUCUCUCGUCUAAUCUGCAUCGAAAAUACUCAUAACCGAUGUGGAGGAAGAUGCUUAUCUGCUGAAUAUACAGAUCAAAUUGGCGACUUAGCCAAGUCCUAUGGACUGAAAUUUCAUAUAGAUGGGGCGCGCAUCUUUAACGCGUCUGCGGCUCUUGGAGUUUCGGUCGAUAGACUAUGUAAAGCAGCUGACUCUGUGUCGAUUUGCCUUUCGAAAGGAUUGGCUGCUCCAGUCGGCAGCGUACUUGUUGGCUCUUACGAAUUUAUUGCUAAGGCCAGGAGACUGAGAAAGGCCUUGGGUGGUGGUAUGAGACAAAUCGGGGUUUUAUGCGCUCCCGGAUUGAUAUCUUUGAACCACAUGGUUCAGAGACUCGACUGCGACCAUCGCAAUGCUCGUUUGCUUGCAGAGGGAUUGGAGUCAAUCCGUGGACUACGCGUCGACGUGGAUUCUGUUGAAACCAACAUUGUUUUCAUAGAGGUCACAUCUGAAUCACCACUUGGUGCAAAGGAGAUCUGUGAAGCUCUGAAGCAGCAGGGGAUCCUUGUUAUGCAUAUGGACCGCACAACCAGAAUCCGACUAGUCACGCAUUAUCACAUCACGGAGGAUGAUGCAAGGCUUGCCCUUUCAGCUUUUCAGGAAACAAUGUUGAAAGCCUCCUCGAAGGUCGCCAUCACCAACGGUUUUACUUGAAACUGCCCAAGUAGAUGAAGUUUGUAACUGUUGCAAACCAAACAUCAGUUGGCUUUUGAGGUUAGACCCUUCUCAGUAUAGAAGCGUUGACUGCAGACGUUCCGAAACGUGUAAGGAGCUCGAUAUCUGAGCUGGAUAUUGGCCAAUUGAUUCAUGUAUAUUGUGUGAAGGUUGUAUAGAGUCUAAGUUACGAGCUGGAUACUGCCAAUAUUGGCAAAUUGGUAAUGGUUGUAUAUAGAGUCCUAGUUUGCUUCCUGGAUACUGGCCAAUUCUGGCUUAUUUAGCCAAGAAAUUUUUGUGUUAAGGUUGCAGUGAGUUCAGGAGAUCAAAAUAUUAAUACCUAUUCGGGCAAUCCUUCU